CCCUGGCUGAACCAGAUGGACGGGAGGAGGAUGCCUCUCUUGGCACUCUUGUUGGCACUCGGGGGCUCUUGUACCUUCAGUCUCCCGACAGACACAGCUACCUUUGGACGAAUCUUGCUCAAGAAAAUGCCCUCCGUGCGGGAAAUCCUGAAGGAUCGGGGAGUGGAGAUGACCAGGCUCAGUGCUGAAUGGAGCAAGUUCACCAAGAAGGCUUCCUUUGGCAAUGGUACCUCCCCCGUGGUCCUCACCAACUACCUGGAUACUCAGUACUAUGGUGAGAUCGGCAUCGGCACCCCACCCCAGACCUUCAAAGUGAUCUUUGACACAGGUUCGGCCAACCUCUGGGUCCCCUCCACCAAGUGCAGCCCUCUCUACACGGCCUGCGAGAUCCACAGCCUCUAUGACUCCUCAGAAUCCUCCAGCUACAUGGAGAAUGGGACCGAAUUCACUAUCUACUAUGGAUCAGGGACGGUCAAAGGUUUCCUCAGCCAGGACGUGGUGACUGUGGGUGGAAUCAUUGUGACACAGACGUUUGGAGAGGUCACAGAGCUGCCCCUGAUACCCUUCAUGCUUGCCAAGUUUGAUGGGGUCCUGGGCAUGGGCUUCCCUGCUCAGGCCGUCGGCGGGGUCACCCCUGUCUUUGACCACAUCCUCUCCCAGAGGGUGCUGAGGGAGGAAGUCUUUUCUGUCUACUACAACAGAGAUUCCCACCUGCUCGGGGGGGAAGUGGUGCUGGGGGGCAGUGACCCCCAGCAUUACCAAGGCAAUUUUCACUACGUGAGCAUCAGCAAGGCUGGCUCCUGGCAGAUCACAAUGAAGGGGUUAUCUGUGGGGUCUGCCGCCUUGCUGUGUGAGGAAGGCUGCAUGACAGUGGUGGACACCGGUGCCUCCUAUAUCUCGGGUCCUACGAGCUCCCUGAAGUUGAUCAUGCAAGUCCUGGGGGCUCAGGAGCAGAGCACAGACGAAUAUGUUGUGGACUGCAGCCAGGUGCCCACCCUCCCUAACAUCUCCUUCCACCUGGGAGGCAGAGCCUAUACACUCACCAACAUGGACUAUGUGCUACAGGACCCCUACAGGAAUGACCACCUGUGCACAUUGGCUCUCCACGGCCUGGACAUCCCACCACCCACUGGACCUGUCUGGGUCCUGGGUGCCGCUUUUAUCCGCAAGUUCUAUACAGAGUUUGAUCGGCAUAACAAUCGCAUUGGGUUUGCCUUGGCUCGCUAAGGCCCUCUGCCACCCAGUGACCCUAGUUUCAGGCUGAGCCAAAGCAGGUGCUCCUGGGAGCCAUUUUGUCUGAGCUUGCCCCCCCGCCCCAGUGUCCUUGGGACAUUGGACAC